ACUGUUACAGAGUGAGAGUAGCCGAGUAUACAUGCAUCAGUUUGGUCGUGGAUUCUACUCACAAACUACACGGUUUAUGUGGACUAAACGAUGGACAGCUGGUCUAAUCCAGCUUACAGGCCCUCGGAGGGGCUGACUAUGACAACAAGCCAUCAAAGGGAUUCCAAUCAAAAAUCAGACCCGGACCUUUUGACCAGGACAAGCUGGGUCAAUGCAGAAUUGGCCUACAGACAAAUCAAAAAGGGUCGGGCUGAUGGAAACACCUGUGCAUUAUGGAUGCGAUGUCAUCUUCAAAGAUACUUACACAGUACAGGGUGUUUCAUUCAAUUACAUUGUGGAAAAGUUUUAUUUGUGGGAUUACUUGUACUGUCAUUGUGUUGUAUUGGAUUAAAGACUGCGACGCUUGAAACAAAUGUGGAGGAAUUAUGGGUGGAAGUGGAUGGAAGGUUAGGGAAAGAACUAGAAUACACUCGGAACAUAAAGGGGGCUGGAUCUGGGACAACAAGUGAAAUAGUUAUACAGACACCGAAGAAAGCAACGAAUCUGUUGAAUGUGGAAUCUUUAUUGUUACAUUUAAACGCCUUGUUAGAAGCUACAAGGAUAGAGAUUGAAGUCGAUGGCUUAACAUGGAAAUUUUCAGAUCUAUGUUUUGCUGCAGACUUUCCAAGAACCGAAAAUGCAUUUAUUGAUCUUAUUUUAGAAGAUCUUUUACCCUGUGUGGUGAUAACGCCUUUAGACUGUUUUUGGGAAGGUGCAAAGAUUUUAGGACCGAAUCCGUCCUACAACACAGGGAACAGUAUUUUUGGAAAAUUAAGUUGGACGAACCUUAACCCAAGGGAGAUGAUUGAAAAACUGAGAUUUGCCGAAUCCUAUUUUCCAGUUGAGGAGAUGGAAGAGACCUUUGAUAGGGCGGGGAUAUAUGAUGCCUACAUGACUAAACCCUGCCUAAACCCACAUGAUGAAGAAUGCCCCGAAUCUGCACCCAACUUCUACUCAAAAGAGAUACCGGACAUUGGGGCGGAGUUGACAAACGGAUGUAGUGGGUUUGCUACCAAGUACAUGCAUUGGGAGGAGGACCUCAUUGUGGGCGGGGUCAAGAAGAACAAGACAGGCCACAUCAUCAGGGUGGAGGCAUUUCAGUCUGUGCUCCAGCUGAUGGGGGAGAAAGAAAUGUUCGAAUAUUUUGAUCAGACAAGUGAUGUUGCCAGUGUGGCUUGGUCUCAAGACCAUGCAAAGAGAGCUCUAGAAACAUGGCAGAGGAAUUUCUCAGAUAUUGUCAACAAGAUUGCUAAUGACAGCGCACGGGAUAAUGUUUAUGCAUUCUCGUACACAUCGUUGUUGGAUAUCAUGAAAGAUUUCUCAAGUAUCAGUGGCGUCAGAGUUGUACUGGGAUAUGUGCUCAUGUUUGUUUAUGCGUGUGUGUCUCUACUGAAAUGGAACGACGCUGUCCACUCCCAGAGUGGUAUUGGAAUGGCUGGAGUGUUGCUGGUGGCGCUGUCUGUGGCGGCAGGUCUUGGAGUGUGUUCUGUUCUAGGAAUUAAGUUCAAUGCCUCCACAACCCAGAUAAUCCCAUUUCUCGCUCUUGGAUUAGGUGUCGAUGACAUGUUUUUAAUUGCCCAUACUCAUGGGGAAAUUGGGCAGAGCAAGAUACCAUAUUCCGAGCAAACAGGUGAAUGUUUAAAGAGAACUGGUGUCACCGUGCUUUUGACAUCAAUCAGCAACAUGUUAGCAUUCUUCACAGCAGCCAUAAUACCAAUCCCAGCAUUGCGAGCUUUCUCCUUACAGGCGGCAAUCUUGGUUUUGUUCAACAUGGGUUCAGUUCUACUUAUAUUCCCUGCCAUUAUCAGUCUUGACCUAGUGCGCAGAGAAGACAAACGCUUGGAUGUCCUGUGUUGUUUUCAGAGUCCUGGAACGACACAAGUGAUUGAGCUCCAGCCCCAGCCCCAAGAUGUGGAGGCCCCCCAGCGGGAGGCCAGUCCCCCACCCAGCUACAGCCCACCCCCCAGCUACAACACCGUCAUGCACAACACCAUCACCCACUCCUCGCCCGAUGGUGGUCACACCAUCACCACACUAGCACCCAACGAUGGCGCCUUUGUGCAGCGGAAUAACUCCAUAUCAUCAGCAGCAGGUAGUCCAUCAACAACGUCAUCUCGUCAAUGUCUGACGCCCGAAGAGAGCAUGACAUGCAGAGACCGGUGUGUACGAGCUCAGCGCGAAUGUCUCUCCUGGUCUCUAACAUGCUUCGCUACAAACAUCUAUGGGCCUUCUCUUCAGAAAACUCCCAUGAAGGUGUUUGUGGUUGUGUUCUUUUUUGUGUUCCUGAUUCUGGGCAUCUGGGGAACGGUACAAGUCAAGGACGGUCUUGACCUUACAGACGUUGUGCCCCGUGGAACUAAAGAACGCAAGUUCUUGGAAGAACAGACCAAAUACUUUGGCUUCUACAAUAUUUAUGCAGUAACUCAGGGAAACUUUGACUAUGCAGGGAGACAGGAUGUCUUGUAUGACUAUCAUAAGGCGUUCCAAAGGGUGGACAAAAUCAUCAAACGUGAAGACGUGUCUGUGCGACCAUUCUGGCUCGAUCUCUUCAGGCAGUGGUUGUCAGAUCUUCAGACGGCUUAUGACAGAGAGCAGCAAGAUGGACGCUUCUAUGAGAAGGGAUGGUACGACAAUGCAACUGGAGAAGCAGUUAUGGCUUACAAGCUUCUGGUUCAGACAGGUGAUGUCAACAAGCCCGUCGACAUGGAGCAGGCAAAUAAGAUUCGACUCGUCGAUGACAAGGGGUUCAUCUACCAGCCAGCCUUCUACAACUACCUGACAGCGUGGUGGUCCAAUGACGUGAUAGCCUAUACAGCAUCCCAGGCCAACUUCCAUCCCGUCCCCAACUCCUGGGUCGACGACAAGACUCAAGUCAACUACAAAAUCCCCAAGUCCCAGCCCCUGAUCUACACGCAGCUUCCAUUCUACCUGACCAAUCUGUCAAACACGGAGGAAAUCAUUGAAGCAAUUGUGAACAUCCGUCAUAUCUGUGACCUGUUCUCGGCCAAGGGACUCCCGAACUACCCCAGUGGCAUCCCCUUCACGUACUGGGAGCAGUACAUCAACCUGCGCUUCUACAUGAUGCUGUCAAUCAUCUGUAGCCUCGUUGUCACCUUCAUCGUCCUCACAGUGGUGCUAAUGAAUCCAUGGGUCGCCCUUAUUGUGGUUGUGGUGCUGAGUAUGAUUCUCUUGGAGCUUUUUGGCUUCAUGGGGAUUAUUGGAAUCAAACUAAGUGCUGUACCAGCCGUCAUCCUCAUCAUGACGGUGGGAAUCGGCGUGGAGUUCACCCUUCAUGUGGCUGUGGGAUUUAUCACAUCAAUUGGAAAUCGCAAUAGACGCAUGUUGAUGUCGCUGGAGCACACGUUCGCGCCUGUCGUGCAUGGCGCCGUGUCCACUCUACUGGGGAUUAUUAUGCUGGUGGGAGCAGAGUUCGACUUUGUCGUAAAGUACUUCUUCAAUGUGUUGGCAGCGCUGGUUGUGAUUGGAAUGUUCAAUGGAUUGCUGCUUCUUCCAGUCCUGUUGUCCUUCCUAGGGCCGAAGGGAGAGGUGAUACCAAAGGAUGAUCCUGAUCGCCUGGCUACCCCAACACCCGAGCCGUCUCCAAGACCACGAGAUCGCCCACUGCGAUCACAGCGAGGUCGCGUCUAUCCCAGACUGCCUUCUGAUAUUUCUCUCAGCACCAUUACGGAGGAGCCCACGCAAUACUCCUCCCAUGAAAUUAUAGUCCAACCUGAGGUUGUCGUGGAAACGACGAUGAUUCAACAAGGAGCGAGUGGUGGAAACAGUAAUAGUGGCAGUAGAAAUAAUUCCCCACCCACAUCGGCCUCGUCCACUCCGCCACCCAAACAUGUGACGAGGGUCAAGGCUACUGCCACAGUCAAAGUAGAAGUACACACGCCUCUUCCAGGAACAGUAGACCAAGAAAGAAGUUUCAAAAGCAAAAGGCGAAAGCUGAAAGAACUUGAAACUGCCAAUAACUCCGACUCUGAUGAAAGCAAGUGCUAGUACAUCACUACAAAAGUGUGAUCCUGUGUGGCAAUGGUGCUAUUUCUGUGACUGUAUUAGGAUACACACAGGAAGAAAUGGACAGACCAAGCAAGUGACAGCCUUCAGUUGUCAACUCUCUGGAAGUGGCUUAUGCUUUCUUGGCAGUCCUGGAUGGCAGCUAAGUGGGCGUCGGCCGAUCAGUGUUUGGUCACUGGACCCUUGCACUUGUCCACUCACAUUCACUGCGAUACUUUAACUAAUUUCUCAGGAGAAGUGGGAAGAUGGAGUGGACGUGAAAGUUGUGAAAUUACGUGAACUUUGUAUGAACAUUCACAUGCUAAUUAAAUGAAGAUGUGCAUGUGAAACAUACGUGAAAUGAGCGUGCCAUUGACGCUUGUUGUUGCCCAGACCUAGCUUGGAGGAAGGGCAAAGUGUGGAAACGGGUUGCAAUAUGCAAGUGCUGGAGUUACGGGGGAGGAGUGCACUUGGAUUACUCAAAGACAGUGACUUUUAUGCCAAAGGUGCAUCUCAUAUCUACAAAUGUGAUAUUUUUUUUAAUGCAGUUUUAAAACUGAUUAUGAGCCCAAAGACCUAACUUCAAUGUCAAACUUCAAAUUCAGGAAUCGAACCAAUGGAUAUGGACGUAUAGUGACAGACAUGGUGAGCAUUGUGGCCAGUUAUGCAAUGGCAGAUAGUGCCAGCAGGUUGAUGGCAGUGCUCAAUGAUGAACAGGUGGAAACUUUCAUGCUAGUUUGGUGUUUUUACGGGUACCUUCUUUGCCUAAAGGGCAGAGAUCUGCACACAGAGAACUUAUUGACGAAGUUCGACGUCAACUAUCCAGGGUCUAGAUACAAUGUUAGUCAGUAAGAUUGUCAUUCACCAAAACUACCUUAUUUAUUUAUGAACCCAAAACAUGGACAUUUUUCGUAUGCAGCCAGAGAAGGAGUUAUCUCCCUUGUUUAUGCUGGUCACAUGACUCGUUCUCUGGUUGUCAUGGCGAAGAUGGAUGUUUGUGUUAUUUGUAAAAUAUUGUAUGUAGAACAUGUAUAGUGAUAUUGUUAUGAAAACCUUGUACAAAGUAUUGAUGUAAAUUUUCAACCUCGUAAAUUGUCCGUUUCGCAAUGAACGAAUCUACACGGACAAAAGGCAAGAUGACAUUGUUGAUUCAUUUGUUAUUUGUUUAUGUAUAUUGCAAACUGGUGAGGCUUUGACAGCACUCGCCUUUGAAUAUAUACUCGGGCACAUCUUUUUGCAAAAAGUUGAAAAAUGAGUUAAUAGUAUUAAAGAUGUAAGUUUCUUUAUGACAAGGAACAUAAACAUGAAAAAAGCCAGUAGUUAAUAUUUAAUUAUUUUUUUAUAGUGUUCUGGAAAUUAUAAUCAUAUAUAAUGGGAUUGUCAAGGCCAGUAUCUAUAGUAAGUAGUAUUGCAGCUAUUUUCUCCUAUUUUAAAGACAUUUGGUGUAUAAUUUACUAAAAUAUUCAUAUAUUUAUAUAUAUAUUUUUAAAAUGGUUACUUUUGUUUCUGAUUUGCAAAAACGAUGUGCCCACUAUCAUUAUUGAAGGGCAUUAUCCUUUUACCUCUCUGAAAGCAAUGCAUAAUUUCUUGGGGAAUCUCCAAGAGAAUUCUCCCUUGAAAUACUCGUAGUAUACUCUUUUGUAUUGUAGAAAAGUCUGUAAGAUACAUUGAGAUAUUUGUUAACAAAAGUUGUUCAAUAAUCUACACAGUUACAAAUCCAUGAAAUCCUAUUUUACACUUUUUUAGCCUUUGUAAAUAAUGAUGAAGAUAUUUUGGGGUGGGAAGCAAUCUUUAUCAGGACAUUGUGUAUGUUUCAUUAGAUGAAAUUAUGCCCUUGUAAUGUAUGACUGAGAGAUUUGAAUGAAUGGUUUGAGAGUAUAAUAAACGUCUACUUCAGCGGACUGCGUCAAGCUUCAACCAAAGAUAUCUACCUAUCUCUGCCUGUCCUUGGACAGACAUAUGGCCCCGUUCACUUUGUUGUUAUUACAAAGACAAAGUCGUCAAUUUUACCCUCAAAAUACCUCCAGUUUCUUAUUUUUCCAAUGUUUAUGCAAUCUUUAAUGUUUUUAUUCAAUAUGAAACAAAAUAAUUAACAUUUCAAAAAAUGUUAAUUCCAAAAUAAAUUAUUAUUAUUAUUAUUUCUGUUUGGAUCAAAUGAAAUCCAUCCUUCGUGCAUUUAUGGAUAAACCUCAUGAAAUACAGCAGACACAAAUAACAUUCAUGUUUGUCUCUCCCUCCCCCAAAUGUGUGACGGUCAGUUUAAAUCAUAAUGGACAACAGCCUUGACUACUGAGAUGGGCUGUAUGUCCUUUAAGAUUUGUCCAGAUUGUGUUAAGGGGGAUAGCACUGUCAGUACAUUUGGUUUACAUCAACCGUUUGCAGUCAUUCAUUUCAGUAUUAUCAUGAAACUAACCAGUAAAUGAAUUUUUGAAUAAGGUCUCUACCCAGGUAUCAAAUCUUGAGAUUAUCAUAAAAGAUUUCAAAUUUAAUCCAAUCCCACCUAGAAUGCAUUAUAUGCUGCUGAAACCAAAUGUCAUGACAGAAUCGCAAAGUAAUAUUACCCAAGUCAGGUGAAUUGAAUAAAAACUAUAUAUGAGUAUAAAUAUGUGUAUUCCUGUCCUGGGCCCCCAGGAAGGCCCCUACCCUGUAUACAGCUUUGUUAAUUUAUAUCAAUGGUCCCUGGACCGGGAAUAGGGCAGUGUUGAGCAUUAUUAGCAUGGGAGUGGUCGGCCUGGGGGGUGGGACUGGGUGGCUGUGAUAGGCCUGAUGUAGCUAAUCACUUUAAGAUGUACAGUAUAGGGAUGUAUAACUAUGGUCAUCGUGUCCCCCAUCGCAGGGGCAGCCACAUUGGCAACUGAGUAUAAAGAAUAAAAAGUUUGUAAAAAUAA